AUGGCGGAGCUAGACCAACGCUACGGCCAAUGGGCAGGAAUGUCCUGUAACCGAGACCAGCCCCGCAUAAACCCCCAGCGCCAAGUGCAGCAGCGCCUACCGAUGCGCCUAUAUCAAGGUAAUCGAGCGCUCCCAGGAACUCGGGCGCCGUACAUGCCGGCUAACCCCCGCCAUCCCGAGUGGACACCGAGUCCGACAUGGAAUAGAUCGUACCUUGCCCCACGGCCGCAAUAUUGGCGAUUCCAAGGCUCUGACCCGCAAGCGCAAGCGCAACCUUUUCCCGGUUCUCAGCCGCCAGCCCAAAUCCAGGCUGCGUCCCGCGCAACUCCAAACGAGACACGAGCCCCAUUGACCAAUGCCGCAGAACAGACGCUGUUGAGCCUAUCGUGGAUUGCUCGGCUUGGGUCAAGGGUGAUGUGA